AUGGCCACGCAAACCCAGGAGGCCCCCGCUCAGACCCCUGAGCUCACCAUUUUCACCCGCGUCGGCUCCAUCCCCCUCGUCGCCGACUCUCUCAACACCAUCAAUUCCACCCUCACCAACAGCCCGUACACCCGCUCCCCUUACGCGGCCGUCACGACCAUCUCGAAGAACGUCCUCACCUACACCGAGCCCCUUCAAAAGCGCCUUUCCCCCAUCCUCACCCGCGCCGACGGGUUUGCCAAUAAGGGGCUUGAUGUCGUCGAGGCCCGCAUCCCCUACCCCUUCCACGCCACCACCGAGGAGGUCAUCAAAGAUCUCAAGGCGAACAGCGACCACGCCAAGGACGUCGCAACGAAGACCAUCGAUGAGCGUGUCCGCACGCCCGCGAUGAACCUCGCGCAGGGCAUCGACCAGCGCUUCGCGCCUAUUGUGGACUACUUCGCCGUUGCCGUGAAGCAACUGCAACCGAACGGCACGGUUGAUAAGCCUGCCGAGACGGCUCCGGAGACCAAGUACCAGUACCAGCGCGCCUACCACCUCUCGAAGGAGUUCAGCGACCAGCUCUUGACGUACUCGACGGAGCAGAUCAACCAGAUCCGCGCCCAGAGCGUCAUCCUCCAGCGCGCGCAGGCCACCGCUCAGUCCCUGACUGACGUCGCGUCGUCGAGCUACGUCGCGGCACAAAACCGGGUACAGACGCUCAGCGACAACAUGCUCCAGGAGUUGCACAAGGUUCAGGCUUCCACGUCGGCGCUUCCCGGAACUCUACAGAGCGCGUUCCAGGACGUCUCGGCCAGCCUCUCGUCGACAAUCAACGAGCUCUCCGGGAUCCUGACGUCACCCGACCCUCUCCCCGAGAAGGCGAACAAGGUCCGCGAGACGGUGCAGGACCGGGUGCAGCCCAUUCUAGACACGGCCACGACGCGCGUUCAGGAGAUCCUUGGUGCGUUGAAGGCGCGUGUUUCGGAGGAGAAGAAGGAGGUGUCGAACGGCGCAGCGCAGGCAGCGAACGGCAACGGGCACGCGUAG